UGUAAAGUAGAGCAGCUUGGAUCCAGACUGCAGCACAUCCUCUGCUGCCGCUGCUUAUACCCACCUGACGGCGCCGCGGAACGGGCAAGCAACACCGGGCCAGUAACCAGGUUCAAUUCUUAACGAACCGCGGCGUCCUCGAGGGGAAUGGGGGGGCAUCUAGCCCGCCAGUUAUCUGACUAGUUUUCCUAGAAUUGGAGAGGGCUGACAGCCGGUGGUCCGUAAAGAUGGUAUCCUGGAUGAUUUCGAGGAUAGUAGUCCUUGCCUUUGGGACACUGUAUCCAGCCUACUCCUCAUACAAGGCUGUCAAAACGAAGAAUGUGAAGGAAUAUGUGAAGUGGAUGAUGUACUGGAUAGUGUUCGCGUUGUUCACUACAGCAGAGACGGCCACAGACCUGCUCCUUUCGUGGUUUCCAUUUUACUUUGAGCUAAAGAUUGCCUUUGUGAUCUGGCUCCUGUCGCCAUACACGAAGGGCUCCAGUGUCCUCUACCGCAAGUUUGUUCACCCUACCCUGUCCAACAAAGAGAAGGAAAUAGAUGAGUACAUCGCUCAGGCCAAAGAUAGGAGUUAUGAGACUAUGAUGAGGUUUGGAAAGAGGGGUCUCAACCUCGCUGCUACCGCUGCUGUCACUGCAGCCACCAAGGGGCAAGGUGUAUUGUCAGACAAGCUGCGGAGUUUCAGCAUGCAGGACCUGACGCUCAUCAACACUGACGAUGACCUGGUUCUGCACAGGUCAGAGUCCCGCACGAGACGGGACACCAUGGAUGAGAUGAGCUCAGGGGCCAGCACGCUGCCCCGAGCCAAGAGCACUGCUGCACGGCAAACUCGCUCAUUGGCGCAUGCUGACGAUGCGUCGUCCCAACACAGCUCUGACCAAUCAGACACAAGGACUGAACACUCUGAUGAAGAUGUAGGAGAAACCCCCAAACGCAGCACCACCAUCAAAGCAACCAAGAAACCUGCAGCUGCAAAGACAGAGACUCAGACCAAGACAGUGAAGAAGACAACGACAAAGAAAAAAACUACAACUACUAAUGCGGAGACGCCACCAUGAGGCCUGCUGUCCACAUCCACCUGCCUAAACUUGCACCACCCACAGCCUGCAGGCCCCUCUCCCCCUGUUUGGCCACCACACAAACACAUACCCACUGUACUUAACAAUAGAGCAAGCACUAAGAUUGUGUCCCUCAUGUUGGCUUAAAAUCUGGCAAUGUGCAGGUUUGUUUUAAGCAGUAUGUGGCCACCUCAAAGUUAAGAACAGGUCUUCAACAUUGAUUAACUUCAUUUUAAUCAUAUUUUAUGUAUAAACUGUUGGGAUGUUUCUUUCUAUUUAACCAAAUGGUGGUUAGCGAUAUAUCCUUAUAAAAUCUCUUUUUUCCUUUAACCCCUUGACGUAUAUAGAUCCUCUUAGUACACGCCAAGAGUCUAAAGCUGUUUUGAAUUGAAGUUUCUCUAGUCAAAUAUAUUCUUCAUUCCUUUUUUUCUAAAUUGGAGGCCCCCCUGUUUUCUCUGGCAUACUCUUCUAUAGCUUCCAGUUGAAAUCUAGACGUCCUCCCUCCCUGUGUGAGCAGGCGACACCUGUUGGUCCUUAUGUGGACCUGACAGGGAUGCUGGAGGCACAGGUCAGAAGUUGUCAUCCCUGGAGCACAGACAUUUUUUUUUUUCUGUGAAGUGUGAUCACCUUUUAGAUUUUUUUUUCCCUCCACCAUAUCUGAAUAACUAUAUUACAGGAUGCCAUUUGAUCAACCCUGUUUCAGUUCUCUAUUUACUUUCCGUUGGCCUUUUUGAUUGAAACAUAGGCCUCAGAGCUCGUCCUUUAGUAAGAGUUUAGCCCCACCCCUUUUUAUUUUUGCACUAUUAAGAGUGAGUCUGGCUCUGCUAAGUUCAGGUCUCUCACACAGUUAGUUGUUUACAGUGCUGGUUUGUUUAUUGUUGGCUUUGUUAUCCUUCAUAUAAACACAACUCGAGUUUUAUCCAUCUAUUGUUUUUUCUUUAUUAAGCUUCUAUUUUAAUGAGUUCUUUCGGUCAUGUGAUAUUAGUAAUAAUAACUGCUAUCAGCCUCUUAAGAUAACGCUGUAACUGAGUGUUAGCGCUCCCUCCUUGAACAUAGAGUAGUCCUAAGAGUUGCAGUUGUUUGUGAGGUAUCAUAUCUGCUUUUCUAUCAUUUGUGAUGUCUGUAUAUUGUUUGUGUUGAACAUUAGAAAGUGAGGGAGCACAUCUGCACCCUCUCACUCCUUAAAUGCAGCUGUGUAGUUACACAUCAUAAUAUGUCUUCAUCUUAGAAGCCAGGAUAAAGCAAAGCAAUAUGGAAAAGAUGAAAUCAAAACCAACAUCAGGAGACCGUGAUGUCCUUGCUGUUAUUUCAGAAGGUUAGGGGGUGUCAGACCCGGCUGUGGUGGGUGUCAGAUCACUCUGAACUUUUGUUCUGGGAGGGGCUCUUCUGGUCACUCUGGACCUGGUACCGUCUGAGUGCGUCGUAAUGUCAGAUUUGAAAGCAUGACUGUACUUCUGUCUGCAGUGUUACACUAGGGUUAACCAAUAGGGGGAGACAAAGCCCAUCCCAAAUGUUGGCAGAGCGAUGAAACAAUAUGUAAACACUCUGUAAAUAGUAACCUUAAUAUAUGUAUAUACAUUAUGAGCUUGCUUGCCUUAUAGAUCCUCUGGGCUUCAAUCCAUUUAAUGUUUGAAUCAUCUCUGUGCUUUUUAAAAUUAAAAAUAGUUUUGACAAAUCACUUGUGCAGAAAGCAGAAGAAGCUCAAAUUUCACCUGUGCCGACUGCUGGUGAUAGAAAUGAUUUUGUGCUUUUUUUUUUUUCCUGUCUUUUUCUUGUGAAGCCAUUUUAACUCCAUGACCAAGUAAAGAAUCUCCAGACUCAGUCUGAUCUGGUUGAAGUAUAUUCACACAUUAUUUUUAUGAACUCCGCUCAGAUAAGAUGUCAAGUUAAAAUAUGUAAGGGCAAAAAGUUGAAGAUUGGAUUCGUUUUUUGUUUUUUCCCCUCUUGAUUAAAUGAACACUGAAUUAAAACAACUCAGCACAUCAUUAAAAACAUGUUUUGUCCUGACAUGAUACGACCCUGAAAUUGUAUCUUUUCAUGUCAUGUUUGGAUAAUUAUUUAUUCCCUUUUGUUUAAGUCAGUAUUAUACACAGGGAUUUAUAUUUGUAUAUUUUUUGUGCCAAUUAUCAAUGCUCCAUGUGAAAUGCAUUUACAGUAAGUGUGCUGGGACAAUGGUAUCUAACAAGGUCAUGUAUCAGUCAUAAAACUACAAAUAAAGGAAAUCAAAUCAG